AUGGUCCGGGUGGGAAACAACCCUUCCAAUAGGAAUUGGAGGGAUGACUCACUCUCUAUUAAAUGGGAUGUCAAACUGGUCCUCAAAGCCCUUCUCCUUUGGAUGAUUGAUCAACACCUGUAUGGAAAUGGCCUUAAUGCUCGUGUAUCACUCACAAAUGGCACUCCCGAUCUCUCUUCCCCGGUUUCAUUUCAGCCAAUUGAGACCCACAAAAAUUCACUGACUGUUAUAAAACCCGAGUCUCUUCCAAACGCACAAAGCAAUGCACAAGGAGGAGGAGAAGGAGACACAGAUGCCCAAGAUGCUCAAGUUCAAGACUUCCGGAGCAUUGGUUGGUCCCCGUCAAAGGCCACGGAGGGUACUAACAUUUAUGCCCAACCCUCUCAGCCCUCAAAUAUAUGGUCUACUCCUUUCCUAUCAGUUGAAUAUUCAGAUCUAUUGGUUGAAACGGACUCCCUCCUUUUUGUCAGUUGGUUUAGAAACUCUUCUCAAUCUACUUGGAUGUACUUUGAGCUAUGGAAUGAUGUUCUGGACAUUGGUUCUAAUCUACCUUUUGACAUUAGUCACACUUAUAGAGAGGAAAUCUCACUAGCUGAUGGCUCAGCAAACCUCGGUGCCGCUUGGCACGAUAAUUUCUUCCCCUCAGUUUUGCACUUGCCCAAGCACCUGGCUGGCCUUUUAUCAUUGGACAAAUAUGGCAUUCCGAAUCCCAGGCAUCGAUAGACUUUUCAUUUCUUUUACAGUUACCUAUCUAGUUAACAGUAUACUUUUCGUUUUGUAACUAGCAGAGCAAUACUUAGGUUUUUUCCUAGAGUUCGGUUUUGGUAUGUCUAUAACCUCAAACUCCUUUUUUGUAAGGUGUUUCCUCCACCAUAAGGGAAAAUUAAUAAAAAUCGGAGUAUAUUCCUCUUAAGAAAAAGUUAUGUUUUACCUUGUGCUGAAAAUUCUUUGACAUUAUUUCAAGAGCCAACAUAUGUAGAAUAUGUCUGGUAAUUGUUCACAGGUGAUAAAACGGUGCAUAUUAAUUGGAAGGAGUGUAAAACUCAACUAACCAUGAGAUUUUCAGAGUCUUUCUUUUGAAUGAUUGUUAACCCUUUCAAUGUGCAUGCAUGCACAGUUCAGGCUCAAAGAUAAGGUGAAUAACACUUAC